AGGAGGAGGAGCAAAGAAAAAACGACCAUAGAUUUCUCGGCCUAGAGCGGCCCUUAAAGUGCGGAGUUAAGGAGGGCGGGCGGGAACCACCCCGAACUGGCCGCCGGCGGUAUCAUGGCGUCCCGGAACCCCCCUCCCCAAGAAUAUGAGAGUGAUGACGACUCAUACGAAGUGUUGGAUUUAACUGAGUAUGCAAGAAGGCACCACUGGUGGAAUCGAGUGUUUGGCCACAGUUCGGGACCUAUGGUAGAAAAAUACUCAGUAGCUACCCAGAUUGUAACUGGUGGCGUGACUGGCUGGUGUGCAGGAUUUUUGUUCCAGAAGGUUGGGAAACUUGCAGCAACUGCAGUAGGUGGGGGCUUUCUUCUCCUUCAGAUUGCCAGCCACAGUGGCUAUGUGCAGAUUGACUGGAAGAGAGUUGAAAAAGAUGUAAAUAAAGCAAAAAGACAGAUUAAGAAACGAGCAAAUAAAGCAGCACCUGAAAUCAACAACAUAAUUGAAGAAGCAACAGAAUUUAUCAAGCAGAACAUUGUGAUAUCCAGUGGAUUUGUGGGAGGCUUUUUGCUAGGCCUUGCAUCUUAAGGACAUGAAUGUUCUACCUUAGUGGAUCCAACUGUGAGAAGAAAAGUGGUGGCCACUGGGUGAUCUCUCAACAGAACUUGCCACCAGUCUCCAGAGUGAGGAGAAAUAACUAGCUGGACAAUACCAAAUUCACAAUUUAACAUUUUGCCAUCUGAAGUUUGGCAAACUAGUAUCUGCUGUAAAACAACCUGUGUGGUAUGUGAACCAUAGUAUUCUUGAGCAAAACAUGGCUUUUAAUCAGGUAUUUCAUUUAAUUUGCAUUUGUGUAGAACUGGCUAUAAAAUAUUACUAUUGGAUGUAGAUGAUACAUAUAGUGAGAGGAAAUCUAUUGCUUUUAUUGCCCAAUGAAUAUGAUCCUCUUUUUAAGUUGUUCUUCAUUGUGCUUUCUUGUGUACGAUCAGUAAUUAAAAUUUGUCCUUACAGUUUUCUUUUUGUAAAAAACAAACAAACAAACUGAAGAACCUUUUGUGGAAGGCUUUAUGAAUAGAAUGAUUAAAGAUAGCAAUUAGACUUUA